ACUCCAAAAAGUUAUAUUAUUCUCUAUCGCCCUCUCUUUCCCUUUGUCUCUCCCUAAUUGAAAACUUUUAUCAUAUGGCCAAGUCUAAAACCAUGAAGAAAAAGAAUAGUAUCAAGGUCGUCGUCGAGAAGUUGCAAAAGAGCCUAUCGCGAGGUCGAAAACCAAUUAAUGGGCAUUAUAAUGAGGAUUUUGAUGAAUUAGUGGACUCGACCGCGGUCCCGGAGGAUGUGAAAGAAGGGCAUUUUGCAGUGGUGGCGGUGGACGGGGAGAAGCCAAGACGAUUUGUAGUUCCAUUGAGUUGUUUGACACACCCUACGUUUUUGAGGCUGUUGGAGCAAGCAGCUGAGGAGUAUGGUUUUGAUCAUGAAGGUGCAUUGACAAUCCCUUGUCAACCAAGUGAGGUUGAGAAGAUUUUGGCUGAGCAAUGGAAGUUAGAGUCUAAAAGAGAUUCUAGAGAUGCAGUUACUUGGGGAACUUUGUGUAAAGCCAUCAUUCAAAGUUAUUGAAACAUCAAAAAAGGUUUAGAUUUUUUGUUUUUUUUUUCUUAUAAUUAUAAGGGUUAAUUCCUCUUGUGGAAAUUCCAAAAGUUUUUUCUGUUUGUAGUAUUUAAAUAUUAGCCUUGUGUUUAUUGUAAAAGUAGCAAUAAAGACAUAUGUUGUCGGUC